GAUGAUUUUUUUUUUCUUCACAUUCAGAACUUAACAUUAAUAUUCUUAAGUAAUUAGUAAAAUUGGGCAAGGAACUUAUCUCCUUGUUGCCUCCUGAACUAUGGGUCACUGAAUAUGUACACUUUAGAGCGGUUUGAUGAAUGUGUGUCUAAUGUAAAAACAUCAGAAAUGAUCUUGAAGAAUUGUUGCACCCCAUCAAAAUAGGAGAAUCGAUUAUCCUUGGAGUGAACGGCCUAGUACAAUCACAAGGUCAGACUGACCAAAGUAUGUAGGGGAAAGACUCUACAAAGACAAAUUGAGCAUGAUUUAAGUUGUAUUUUAAUGAAUCAAAAUACUUUUUGAGCAAUUUGAUUUAAAUAAAACUAAAUUUCAGAUGCGCCAAGUCACAACAACUUGUUUGGAGAAAGCUAAACAGCAUAAAUCGCAGAAAGAAGAAAAAAAAAUCAUACUGUCAGACAUGGUGGUGGAGGGGUGAUGAUAUGGGAGUGAAGCCACAGACACAAUUUAGCUCACAGUAAUUGAGCCAUCCUCCGUAUAUCGCAGGAUUCUAGUCAAAAGUGAGACUUCAACCUGAUUUGAAAUCCUGUAAACAAGUAGCUGGUAAAAUUCAGCCACAGUGAUGAAAGAUUAAUGAAGUCAAUUAGAAAACAACUAUUAUAAAUUACUGCUGUUGAAUUUGUCCCUGCUGAAUCAUGGGGAACAAUAGGUUUUUCCAGUGACUGUAUUGAAUUGUCACGGCAAGGUGAAAUGUCAAAGAGGCCAAAGAUGUUGUGGAUUUGUACAAUUAAGAAGAAUGCUGUGUUUCCUUCAAGCUAAUUUUUUCUUUUAAAGUUUCUUUUAUAAUUUUAAAUUCAACAUAUUCUUUGUUGAAUUUAUAUAAACUGUCUAUUUCUGCCUAAAAUAAAUCACAAAACCUACAAACGCCACAAAAGAAAGUUGACCGGUCCUUCAGUUUAUGUAGACACUUUCUGGCUGAAAAUAUCACACAUCAUAAUGUUGUUGGAUGUAAAUAGUUUAACAGAUUCAACAGAUGGAUCUUUGUCUGCUGGAGGUUCAGGUGUGUGUCGCUCCCCCCAGACCGAGAGACAAGAGCAAACAGGUCCAUCACACUGCCAACCUUUACUCUUGGGACAAGGGCCGAUCUUGGAACAGUUAGUGAAAUGUAACAUUGCAUGUGACUAACAAGUCACCACAUGCAGCUGACAAUUAACUUGUAGCCUGUGGCAGUUUGCACAGAAUAAUGAAGCAUAUUUACAGGAGACAAAGGCCGGGAGAUGAAAUGUCGUUUCUUAGAAAUGAUCGAACUCUGAAGUGUGCGUCUGUUAAUUCUCCUCAAAGUUCAGCAUUUAGUUUAUAUUUAUCAAAAAGGUUGUCAACGUACUGGAACAUCUCUUAAAGCAUGUGUGACUUAGCAGCUAGUCUUUGAUUUUGAGUGGUUGGAUGUCAAAAAAAUGACAGAGGCUUUACUUUUUGAGUCCCAACAUCUAAAGAUAAAUGACUCAUCAGUUAUCUGCUGCCUCUGUGCUUUGGUUGCACUCGGUUAAGCCUGUCAGGCUACCUUUGCAGCUCUUCUCCCCAGAGGACGGAUGAGACACCUAUCACAAGACGCUGCUCACUUCUCUGUCUGCUGUAGAGGGGGAGAGAGAACGCUUUCCCGACUGUUGAGCAUUGACGACGCACAAAAAUGAGAGGCUUCUUGCUCGGAUUGUUUUGCUUUUUCUGCGCGUACGGCUCUCUUUGGGCUCAAUCCACUUGCAAGCUGAAGGCCAAGUUCAACUUGAGCGGCUACAAGGAUGUGGAGAAGAAAAGGGUCGUCAUCGGGGGAAUGUUUCCUGUUCACAUGAGUGUUGCUUCCAGCGACAGCAACACUUCCAAACUGCCUGUCUCCUCUGGUUGUGCUGGGUUUAAUUUCCGUACCUUCCGCUGGACACAGACGAUGCUGUUCGCUAUCAAUGAAAUCAACCAGAGGGAAGACCUGCUCCCCAACACCGACCUGGGCUACGUUAUCUAUGACUCAUGCUUCACCAUCUCCAAGGCCGUGGAGGGAACCCUGACAUACUUGACGGGACAAGAUGAAGCGGUACCCAACUAUCGCUGUGGCAACGGGCCACCUCUUGCCACUCUCGUGGGUGCUGGGGGUUCUGAUCUGUCCAUUGCUACAGCCAGGAUCCUGGGGCUUUAUCAUUUUCCACAGGUCAGCUACUGCUCAACAUGUUCUGCACUGAAUAAUAAGUUCCAGUUCCCCACCUUCCUAAGGACCAUCCCUAACGACCUGCACCAGUCUACAGCUAUGGCCCAACUGGUGCUGCACUUUGGCUGGACCUGGGUAGGCACCAUCGCUGCUGAUGAUGAUUAUGGUAAAUAUGGCAUCAAGGACUUCAAGGAGCAGGUGGAGGAAGCUGGAGUCUGCAUUUCCUUCUCUGAAACUCUGCCUAAGGUGAGCUCACCAGAGGCCAUCCAGAGCAUUGUUCAAACUGUAGUUGAGUCCACAGCCAAGAUCAUCGUGGUCUUCUCAUCAGAUGUAGACCUUAGCCCUCUCAUCAGCGAACUUCUCCGCCACAAUGUGACAAAUCGCACCUGGAUUGCCAGCGAGGCCUGGGUCACCUCUGCCCUCAUCAAUCAGCCUGGGGUGAACUCUCUCCUGUCUGGUACCCUUGGUUUUGGGGUGAAAAAGGCUGACAUCCCUGGUCUUCAGCGCCACCUACUGGAUCUAGAUCCCUAUGCAGAUGCCCUCACGGAGGAAUUCUGGGAGACCCUUUUUAAUUGCACACUGGACUAUUCCAAAGCGCUGAGAAUCGCCAAGGAGGCGAACAGCACACUGUCCAGAUCAGUGAGGGGGUUACCAUAUGGUCUGUGUACUGGCAGAGAGUCUGUGGCUCAGCUCAACAACACCUACUCUGACGUCUCUCAGCUACGAAUCACUUACAGUGUUUACAAAGCAGUGUAUGCCGUGGCCCAUGCCUUGCACAACCUGGAGCACUGUGAAGACGGAAAAGGCCCCUUUGUUGGCGGCAGCUGUGCCAACAUCACUAAUUUUGAGCCUUGGCAGCUGAUGUAUUAUGUGAAGAACGUGCGCUACAAAAUGCCAAACACUGGGGAGGAGAUCUACUUUGAAGACGGCGAUAUAGAGGGCUUCUAUGACAUCAUUAAUUGGCAAAUCAGUGAUAAUGGAGAGAUAUCUUAUGUCACCGUGGGACACUACAAUGGAUCUGCAGCUGCAGAGGAGAAGAUGCACAUAAGGAAUGAGUCUAUUGUUUGGAACAAUGAAGAACUGGAGCCUCCUCGGUCGGUGUGCAGCGAGAACUGUGAGCCCGGCACCAGGAAGGGGAUCCGGCAGGGGGAGCCAGUCUGUUGUUUUGACUGCAUCCCCUGUGCCGACGGAGAAAUCAGUAACACCACAAAUGCCCGUGAAUGCAUCCUGUGUACUGGAGAUGACUGGUCUAAUGAUGCUCAUGAUGCUUGUGUGCCCAAAAUCAUUGAGUUCCUGGCCUUUGGAGAACCGCUGGGAAUCACCCUGAUAGUGAUCUCUGCCUUUGGUGCUUUAGUAACCAUAGCUGUUGGGGUGGUGCUUGUUAUGCACAUUGGAACCCCUCUGGUCAAAGCCAAUGAUGCCCUGCUGAGUUUCUUGCUGCUCUUGUCGCUUGUUGUAACCUUCCUCUGCUCUAUCGUCUUCCUUGGCGAGCCACAAAACUGGAGCUGCAUGACUAGCCAAGUAGCAUUAGCUCUUGGCUUUGCGCUGUGCCUUUCCUGCAUAAUGGGUAAGGCAGCUGUGCUGAUGCUCAGAGCUCGGGCUCUAAAAAAGGCCAGAGCCAAAGCCAAGGCAGCUGCCAAAGCUGCCAAGGCUGCAGCCGAAGCAGCGGCUAACAGCGGCAGUCCUGAUGUGAUAGUAAACAGCUCAAACAUCAACGAUACUGCUGCUUUGGAUAAGCCUGAAGUUGACAUUCUUACCUUCGGGCAUCAGAGGGCAAUAGCUGCCGUAGCAACAUUGAUACAGGCUGUAGCGUGCACUGUUUGGCUCAUCAUCCUCCCUCCACACCCGGUUAAGAACACCGCUGCCCAGAAUGUAAAGAUUAUUCUGGAGUGCGAUGAAGGCUCUGUGGUCUUCAUCUGUUGCAUCUUUGCGUAUGACAUCCUGCUGGCUCUGCUGGCUUUCAUCUUUGCCUUCACAGCCCGCAAACUGGAAGACCACUUCAGUGAAGCCAAGUCUAUGACCUUUGGCAUGCUGGUCUUCUUCAUUGUCUGGAUCUCCUUUGUCCCGGCUUACCUCAGCACGCGAGGAAAGUUCAUGGUUGCUGUCCAGAUUUUUGCCAUUCUCGCCUCCAGCUUUGGCCUGCUCACCUGCAUCUUCCUCCCCAAAUGCUACAUCCUUCUCGUCAAACCUGAGCGCAACAAAGAGGAGCUGAUGAAGCCCAGGCCCAAACCCAAAGACGGCUCCUCUACUGGGACGUCAGCAUCUCUUGCUACAGCUGCUACUGAUGUCAACGCAUCAUUUGCAUCCACUGCUAUUGAUGAUCAGCCUGAAAACUAAGAUAAUACAGAAAAAAAAAGAAAAAAAAAAGAAAACAUCACAUUAAAUUGGUCUUCCUAUUC